AUGGGCAGCCCGGCGGCCGAAGCCUUGGCCUCAUCAAAUGCAGUUGACCGCCCAGCCUCGGGACCAGGGCUGGCCAACUCCCGGAUGCCGCUGGACGCCCGUGUGAAGAAAACCUCCGUGCUGUCGUACGGUGGCCCCCGGGCGCAGCCCAGCAAGGGAGAGAUCCCCACGGUGGCGCCUGGCAGCACACGGAGCCUUACCAGUGAGCCCGAGGUCCAGCAAAACAUAACCCGGACAUCAUGCGCAGCGUCCCGACGCAAAUUGUUGCGGGAAGCGGUCCGUCGCCGCUCCGUCGGAUCCGUCCCCAGAGCUGCGUCCCAAAAUGACAGCAUCCCGCAGCGCGAGCUGGAGGCGCGUCUACGUUGUGCCACCUCCACAUCUCCUGGAAGCGGCACUGCACCGCCGAUUGCCCCUCUCUUCGCCCCCACGACAGUCAUCAUCGGAGACUCCAUCACCAGAGGUAUUCGUUUCUUCAAUGUCACCACACUAUCCUUCCCCGGUGCCAAAGCUGCCGAUAUCGCUAAUAAGAUCCCCUCUCUCCUCCGCUCUCUUCCCUCCUCCAUUCGCCGCAUUAUUGUGCACAUCGGCUGUAACGACACAGCGCGUCGGCAGUCUGAACAGACAAAAUGUGAUUUUAAAAGGCUUCUUAACUCCCUAAAAGACUGUGGCAAGUCGGUUUUUAUUAGUGGGCCGCUCCCGACGAUGACGUAG